AUGAAGCUGCAAAAAGUUCUACCCCGAAUACAUGGUUAUUUAUCUAAUUUAAGUACCAGCACACCUUUAUGCUAUACAACCAGACUUCAACAUGAUAAAAUAAAUGUUAACGAACAUAGAGCUAAAAUUAUGGCUCGAGGCUUACCAGAAAAGAAACCAUUACCGGGUGUAAAAAAAAUAAUUCUUGUUGCAUCAGGAAAAGGUGGAGUGGGGAAAACUACUACAGCUGUUAACCUUGCCUGUGCAAUGAAAGUUAUAGAGCCUAAUAAAGAGAUAGGAUUACUAGAUGCCGAUGUGUUUGGUCCAUCUGUGCCUAUUAUGAUGAAUAUAAGUGGAGAACCUAUGCUUAAUGACAAUCACCUAAUAGAACCUCUUAUAAACUAUGGUGUUAAAUGCAUGUCAAUGGGAUUGCUAGUAGCUGGCGAAAAUGCAGUAGUAUGGCGUGGUCUAAUGGUGAUGCAGGCUUUGGAAAGACUGACCAGGCAUGUUGCUUGGGGGCCACUUGAUUGUCUGGUUGUGGAUACUCCUCCUGGCACUGGAGACACACACUUAUCACUUGCACAGAACUUGCCUAUUGAUGGGGCUAUUGUGGUAACGACUCCCCAAUCAGCAGCACUACAAGUUACUAAGCGAGGUCUCAACAUGUUUGAAAAACUCAAUGUUCCGAUCAUUGGCCUUGUAGAAAACAUGUCUCAUGCUAUUUGCAAGAAUUGUGGCACAAGGAAUUUCAUUUUUGGAAAUGAGACUAAACAGAUGGCUGAACAAAUGGGUUUAGAAAUUAUAGAAAGCUUUGAGGUUGACCCUGAUAUGUCAGAAUGUAUAAACAGUGGCAAACCAGCUAUUUAUGCCCUACCAGAUAGUAUACAUGCAGAAAAAUAUCGUCAUUUAGCAAAUAAGGUGUUUAAGUAUCUAUCAAGUAAGGAUCAAAAAGAAGCUAUUGCCAAGUAA